AUGUCUAACUCGGAGGUUCCCCCUUCCGUUAGCGAAGGCAAGCGAAGCAUUGUCAAUACAACCGAGUUCUCAGCUGUCUACUUGGCUGGUCAAUCGAGGAAGUUGUCUCAUUUCCUCACCGUCAAAGCCCCCAUUCCCAAAGUCGAACUCCUCAGGGGCCCAGCCUUGAUCGCCGUUAUCACGUCCAAAGAGCCCGGCCCCAAAUUCCGAACCGAACUCGUCAGCUCCCUCCUCCAAGCCGCACGAGGCUGGUUCCUGACCGUACCAUUUCGAAAGAAAAUGCUGGACGACUUCGAAGAAUACCUUUCACUGCGCCAGGAAUGGAUCGCUGCGAGCGCCGAGGCCAUGGCAUUCGACGUCCACAACCAAAUGACCCGAGCAGUCUACUUUUCCAAAGACGACGAACCCCUCAUCAAGCUGAUCAAGACCAAACUGCCCGACGUCAACCUAGACGCCAUCAGCAAAGCCUUCCCACCCCUGACCCUCGAGCAAUAUCUCGAAAUAAUGAUCCCAAUGUCUCGGCACCUACACGCCAAAGCCGACGCGCUCACCCAGAAGCUCCUCGAUCUCAAGACCACCGAGCGGUUGCGAAUCACACAUAGUGCAAUCUUGAAGUGCACCCACGCCCACGAUGACUACGUCAAGGCCCUGAGGAAUAGAGAGUACAACGACCGUCUGCGCAAGCACCAUGCCCGUGAACAGACUGUGCUCAACGCUCGUCGCCAGAUGGGUAACGUCGGAGCGCAUGAUCUGUCGCCCCCCGUCGUCCGUUCUGUCAUGGAGUUUGUCCGUCAGGAACAAGAAAAGUAUCUGGCCUUUGACGAGGCUGGCCAACUAAAGGUUAAAUGA